CGCCUAUGACGUCUCUCCUCUUUCCUCGUUUACAUCUCUCUCUCCCCCAAUGUAUUGACUCCAUUUCAAAUCGCGUGAAGCUGCCUCGGCUGCAUUUCUCGAUCAGACAUGAAGCUCACUCUUCCCAACUCGUAAGGUUCCAAUGCUAUCAGCUAACUGCCUUCGGAUUCAUGUUCGGAGAUCUGCCGCCGUGGCAAUGAGAUGGUAUUGCAAUUCCAUUACCUAUGGAAAUGGAUGAUAUGCGAGAAGAAGCAGCGCCAGCACAAGAUCAAAGACCUCCUACUUGUUGGUGGCCUUCCAAUAGUGUUGACACAUUUGGAUCUGUUUCCUUGGAUGCUAAAGAUGAAACUCAGAGGAACGAAGUAUUGACUGAUAGUGAAGUAUAUGAUAGUGUUUUGUGUCAGACAGCAUCCCAGAUCCUCUGGAAAACUGGAAUGCUCUCUGAACCAAUUCCAAAUGGGUUCUACUCAGUUAUUCCUGAGAGAAGGCUCAAGGAACUUUUCGACGAUAUUCCUACUUUUGAUGAGCUUUGUUCAUUGGAGCUUGAGGGUAUAAGAGCAGAUGUUAUACUUGUAGAUGGAAAGAAAGAUAAGAAGCUUUCUAUGAUAAAGCAGCUAACUGUUGCACUGGUCAAAGGCUUGAACUCAAAUCCUGCAGCAAAGAUAAAAAAGAUUGCUCGAUUGGUGUCUGACUUUUACAAACGACCUAAUUCAGAACUCAGCCAUGCUAAAGCUCCAGUUGAGGAAACCUCUCAUGUUUCUGACAGCCAUGGUAUCCAGAUGCUGGGACAAAUAAAGCAUGGUUCAUGCCGUCCGCGAGCAAUAUUAUUCAAAUUUCUUGCAGAUGCUGUAGGUCUUGAGAGUAGGCUAGUAGUGGGUUUGUCAACAGAAGGAGAUUCUGAGUGCAUAGACUCCUAUAAACAUAUGUCAGUACUUGUUGUGUUGAACUCGGUUGAACUACUUGUUGAUCUUCUGCGUUGUCCUGGACAACUAAUCCCUCAAUCUGCCAAGGCUAUUUUUAUGACCCAUUUAUCAGCUGCUGGAGAGAGUGAUUCUGCAGAAAAUGAUUCCUGUGAUUCACCGCUGGAGCCCAACAGUCCUCUUUAUGGGGUUUCAGAGAAAGCGGAUCUUGAGAGUGUUUAUAAGGAUGAUGCCCUCCAAUAUAAACAGCAACUAGAAGCAACUUCAAAUGCUGCAGGACCUUCACUGAGGAAUAUGAUUUUGCGGUCUUCUACUUUGAUUGACAGAAAAAUGAGUUUAUCGCAUAGUGAACCCAAUAUUCCUACAACAUUUUGGAGGAGAAGUCGGAGAAAGAUUAUCACUGAACAAAGGACUGCGAGUUCAAGUCCUGAACAUCCUUCCUUUAGAGGACGUUCACAAUCAAUGCUCAGUGGAGGUCAAAAUACAUACCAAGAUUAUUCGAAAACUGUUGAUAUGCCAAGGUCAGAAGGUGCGACAAUGUCAGAAGUGCGGAGAAUUAGAAGAAGCAUUAGUAUUACUCCGGAAAUUGGAGAUGAUAUCGUAAGGGCUGUUCGAGCAAUGAAUGAAUCACUGAAACAGAAUUGUAUCUUGAAAGAACAACAAGAAAGUAGGCCACUCCCAGGUGCUUCAAUUGACAAAGAUGGUGCUUCUGCUCUUCACAAUGGUGCAUCUGAUUUUCACACUGAUGACCGUGGUGUGAUAUUGGGUGGGCAUGCUUCCUUAUUUCCUUUUAAAAGGGAGUUCAUGAGUUCCCAGAAGUCUGUGUCAUUGCCCUCUUCUCCUCAUGAUUUUGGGAGUGAGACUCCUGAAGGAAGCAAGGCCUCAGAUCUCAGAGUACAUGAAGAAAUGGUAUCAACUUGGAACAGAAUUCUAGAAUCAUCAGUGUUCCAGAAUAAGUCUCUCCUACCUUUUGAAGAAUGGAAUAUAAACUUCUCAGAGUUGACUGUUGGAUCUCGUGUUGGGCUUGGAUUCUUCGGAGAAGUUUUUCGUGGCUUUUGGAAUGGAACAGAAGUUGCUAUCAAAGUUUUCUUGGAGCAAGAUUUGACUGCUGAAAACAUGGAGGAUUUUUGCAAUGAAAUUUCCAUCCUAAGCCGCCUCCGGCACCCAAAUGUUAUAUUGUUUCUCGGUGCUUGCACAAAGCCUCCACAUCUGUCCAUGGUUACUGAGUACAUGGAGAUGGGAUCACUUUACUAUUUGAUUCAUUUAAGUGGUCAAAAGAAGCUGCUCAGUUGGCGGAGGAGACUUAAGAUGCUGUGUGACAUAUGCAGAGGGUUGAUGUGCAUUCAUCGCAUGAAGAUAGUUCAUCGAGAUCUAAAAAGUGCAAAUUGUCUUGUGAAUAAGCAUUGGACAGUAAAGAUAUGUGAUUUCGGUCUCUCAAGGCUAAUGACAGAUGCACCUGUGAGAGACAUCACAUCUGCAGGAACUCCAGAAUGGAUGGCUCCAGAACUCAUUCGUAAUGAACCCUUCACAGAGAAAUGCGAUAUCUUUAGCCUAGGUGUUAUCAUUUGGGAGCUCUACACCUUAAACAGACCAUGGGAAGGUGUACCCCCACAGCGGGUGGUGUAUGCUGUAGCUAAUGAAGGAGCACGGCCUGAGAUACCGGAACCCAAAGGACCCCUGGGAAGACUAAUUGCAGAUUGCUGGUCAGAGCCCCAUGUUCGACCUGGUUGUGAAGAAAUUCUGAAGCGCUUGCACUCACUCAGCUAAUGCAAAUAUGCAAUCCAUUCCUUGUAUAUAUACACACAUGGUGAGACGCUAGCGCCAAAGGCGUUACAAUGUGACGGCUUGAGCUGUAACGUUUUUUGUAGUUGUAGCAAAUGAUAUUUCUGCUUCAUCGCGCUGUUCGUUACUGUAAUGUUCAAACGAUGAAGCGAAGGCCACUUAUCCUCGUGUCUCGUAAUUCCCCUUCAGAGUUUUCAAUCUUGAUGAAUCCAAAUGCUAAUGUAUGCGUGUGGAUAAUCGACUCAUGCACGAUUCAUGCACAGAUGCACUAUAACCCGGCUUGCUAAAUGACAAGUUAAUUCUAGCCAAGUUGGUUAA